UUCCCUUUCCCCCGAAGCUUGGACGGUACUCGAAACCCGAGAAAGUUCUAGAAGCAUCUUCCGCGGGCCGGAAGUCAGAUGGACGGCGCGGCCUCUAUGGAGGCGUCGGCGGAGGAGGAGGAUUCCGGCGACGCCGUCAUUCUCGACUCAAGCGUGUCCGCCGCUUCUGCAAUGCGCGAGCUUGGGGAAGAAGUGUACGAGGAUUUGUUGGUGAAGGCGUCGCUUCAGCUGCUUGGGAAGGGUCUUCCGCCUCAAAUCUGGCACCAUGGCUUCGAAAUGAUGCAGCAUCUAUUUAUAUCAAGGAGUGCUACAGCUGCUUUAAUGGGAAAGGUAAUUUGGAGUGGCGGAGUUUCUUUAUUGAAUGAUUUGCUUUCUUCCGUUACUUCUCUAUCUAAAUCAGGCCCUAAAGAUGCUGAGUUGUCUGCCUUCAUUUUAAAGUGGAUUUCAGAUUUUCGGAUUGUUUCUACCAUAGACUUAGAAGGUGGCCUAUGCGAAGCAGGUUUAUCUGAUUUGGAUGAGUUCCUCACAAAUGUCAUGCUUCUCAUUUCGUCUUUGCUUGAGCAACAUGUUGAGUCAAUUCUUUCCGAGCACCCUGACGAGCUCAUGGUAUCAACUGAAGAGGAUGUCUUGACAGUAACAGCUUGCUUGCUUGCUGCAAAUGCGUACGCGGAGUGGGUUCCCGUGGUUCAUCUUGUCAAACAUGGUCUAGUUAAAAGAUGCCAGUCCUUACUUCAUCUCAGUAAAUUCUGGACGCAUGCUUUGAAGUUUUUCAAAAUUCUGUGCCAAAGAAGAAGGCCUCCUACUGUUGCAAUGGAUUAUGCUGGCGCAAUGAACCAUGUCUUUGAGAUCUUGAUGAGCAUUUCACAAGAUUCUUUGACCAAAGUUGGAGCAUGCUUAGAUUUUGGUUGUGAAAGGGAGUUCAACAUUGCUGAGGGUGUCUGUGACUGUUUGGUUGCUCUGGGUUCAUUCAACAUGCAAUUUAUUAUUGCAGAUACCAUUAAGGCCUCCUGUUUCCUUCGACAGAUGCUGGAAUAUUACCAACAUUACAAGAUUGCACUUCAUUUUCAGUGCUUACCGUUUUGGCUGAUGGUUCUAACUGAGCGACCUAAAGAAAUCUUUAUAGCCUCUGACCUUGGGGGUGUUACUUCUGCAUCUGGGACCAAUUCAGCAGAAAAGGGGAAUAUUGCAACUUUUUUAUUUUUUAGCGAUGAUAUAUGCAGUGUGAUUCUGGAUGUUUCAUUUAUAAGAAUGCUCAAGACACCUGCAACCAUAUUACCCAACUCGUUAGAGUUAUGGAGUGAUGAGCUUCAUGGAAAGAAUGGCUUCAUACAGUACCGUUCUAGACUGUUGGAUAUCAUCAAAUAUAUUGCUUAUCGAAGACCAAUCCUUGCUGCCAGCAGAGCUGCACAGAGAAUUAACAGCGUCAUUGGAGAUGCAAGUACAGUAUCAAAAUCCCCCAAGGAUUUGGCUGCAAUUGAAAGUGUACGGCUAGUGCUUACCACAGUUGUCAAUGCAAUAUUUGAUGAUCCGGUUAAGAACGGAGAGAUAGUUCUGGUCACAAAAUUUUCGUUGCAGAGGAUACAUGACAUAUUUGGAGGUCUACUUGAUCAGCUUCUAUCUUUGAAGUGGACAGAACCAAGACUUGCUGCUAUCCUUGGACACUACUUGAAUUCGUUUUGUCCUUACCUGAGGUGUCAUCCACCUGUAGUUCCCACAGUUGUGAAUAAACUUUUUGAACUAUUGUCAUCAAUCACUGCCAGCUCUCAUGACCCUUCAACAGCUCGGAGUGCCCGAUCACAAAUAUGCUCAUGUAUCAUUCACAUAUGCAAAGCUGUUGAUAGCACUGCUCUUCCUUUAUAUAUGAAGGAUUUUGUCUCACCUUACAUUACCGAAGAAGAUGUGCUAGACAGAGCAAAUUAUUCCGUCGAACAGAACAAAGGGGGAGAUGGAAAUCAAGACAGACACACUAUUAACCUCCCAGCAUCUAAUACAAUGUCAUCUCGUCAAGUACGUGUGCGGACUGCAGGGCUGGGGCCUUGGGCUCUGAAAGAUGAAAAUACAGGCUUAUCAGUUGCUCUUCCCUAUCGAGAGUAUCCACUCACUAUGCAACCUUCUCCUGAUUCUUGUUCUAAUCCUUCAUGUCCUAAAGCUAGUCCAUUCACUAGGUUAUUUGGUUGGUUCAGUAACAGGUCAGCUAGUAAGCAUCAAAUAUAUGUAAAUGACUGUACCUUAAACCCAGUGAACUUAGGGCACAAUGUCCUUCGUGAUCCCCAACUCUACUCCUCCUCUUUCUCGUUCCAUGGUCAUGUGCCCAUCUCUUGGUUGGGUUUGGGUGAGAAAUCCCAAAACAUACAUAGAGGCAAGAGUUCAAGCCUAAGUGUAGGAUCCCAAAUUAAUGCUGGAAGUUCUAGCAGUUGUUCUCUACCCUGUACUCCUGGAAUUGGGGAUUCUUAUUGCUCUCUCGGUACACAAAAACAACUAUCUCAUCUGAAUCGGGAACUUCAAAAUUGUGUUACUUCUGUGAAGCAAGUGGUCAGUGACACCGAUAAACCAGGAGAGGAGGGCCCGACAGCUAACAAUUUUGAUGGUCAUGGUCAAGGGAACAAUCAAGAGUACGAUCCUGUUCAGGGCAAUGCUACUAGUGAUUUGGAAAGACCCUCUGAGUCGUUUGUGCCAAAAUGGCUGGGUAAGUAUAAAGUAACGCUAGGCUAUCAAGGAAAGCCCGAGCUACUUCUUUGGGAGCACAAUCUCUUGUCCAAAGCAUUCACCACUGUGACGGCCUGUCCUGGGAUUGAAUGUAAGGAGCAGUUGCUUAUGUCUCUAUUGAACCCUUUGAACAAAAUUUGGACCCAGCCAGAGUGGGAUGAAGAAUACAUGAGUUAUCCACAUCGUCUAUCUGGUCUUCUUUGCAAUGAUAAAUUUAUGAAGACAGUAUGUUUGUUGGUGAAGUCAUUUGAGAAGGAGGCCAAAGGAAGCAAAAUUGAAAAUUCAACAGGAACACAGGAAAAAUGCCCUCCAGCGCCAUCUACUAAUUAUCAGUACUCCUCUACCUUCCCGCAACUAAAGUUUGCCCUGCUCUUACGGAUCCUUCAUUUUAUACACAUGGCUUGGAUGGAUCGAUCUGAUUAUGAUCUGCCAGAAAUUAUUCGAAGAGCUAAACUCAUUAGUACCAACGAGAUAUCCACUUUUCUAAAAGAGAAUAAUACUUUACCUGACAAUGAUGGAGUCGAUGCUCGUAGGAUGAAUGCUAUUGGAACAUGGUUACAUGAAAUUCGAGAAACUGGGUACAAGGCAAUAGGCUUGUGGGCAUCUGUUGAAACAUCAUUUUUUGGAUUGGACCGUUCUUUUUUCAUCAAUGCUCUAGUAGAUGAUAUACACUCCAUGGAUUUUAUUCAUUUGGGGAAACUCAUACAGUUCACAUUUAUUCCAUUAGUCAGAUAUUGCCCUCGAGGAUGUUGGGACAAAUGGAUGGUGGAGUUGUUUGAAUCUUUAUUUAUCUACUGUGAAGAUAUCUUUGGUUAUGCAUGGCUCAGUCUUAUACACGAGGGCCGAGCUAAAACUGCAGCUUACUUCGGCGGUCUUUAUGGACCAGAAGAAAAACUCAAGAAAUUAGAAGUGGAGCUGCUGCUUGAAUUCACUCGUUCUGUAUCUUAUUUGCUCAGGGUCUUAGCAUCAGAAGAACUUAAUAGGGGCCUUCCACAUUUGAAUUGUCCAAAGUCUGAUUUGAAGUCCAUAUCUUCUAGCUCCCUUAUGGGGUACCUUUUACUUCACAAUUGCUUUGGGAGGUUUAGUAUGUACUUAUUUGGGUCUUUGGUGGAUUAUCAAGCAGCUAAGGAUGCACUACCCUUUUGUCAUGCAUUAAUCCGCCUUGCCGUUGCUACUGAUGAUGAGAGACUCAAACAGUUUAUUCUUAAUGAAAUGCUUCCAACCGUUGUCCGGUUUGAUGAUGGGAGUCCUCAAAGUGGAAUCUCACGUUUAAGAUCGGAGUUAAGUUCAAGCACAAAAGUGAGUUCAAUGAAUGAUGUUGAUUGCCUUUGUCGGGAAAUAUACGAAGUUUACUUACACAAUCAGGUUACUAUUGUAAACGGUGAAGGGGCGGACAGAAAAUCCUGUGCGGACGGAUUCACUGAUUGGUUGGAUAAGGAAUUGAAGGAUCUUCAUAACCGUGCAUCUUUACCUGCUCCAAAUAUUUUCCCGAAGCACCUUGUGUGGAAUUGGGAGUUUAAGGAAGAAUUUGACAGAUAUUUUCCUACCUAUAUGGAAAUGCUGCAUGAGGUGGAUACAAUGAAUGACUGUCUAGAGCGUAAACUUUUAAAUGGUGAUGCUCUUCUUGAGAGACUGAAUCCAAAGUUUAAGGCAAAGUAUGCCAUCAACAGCUUGCAGCAUCCUCAUUUGCAAAUCAUGUCUCGUAUACUACCGAGAAAGGAGCGUGCUGUAAGCCAUCAGAGACGUUCUGAUGAGAUCUACAAGUUUUUGGUCCAACUUAUCAAGCUGGAACCUUACAUUAAGCAAACUGAUUGUUGGGAUGAUGUUUUUUACCGUCUUACGAAAAGCUGUGGCACACAAUCUAGCCUUUGGCUAAGUGAUGCACCAAGGGCAAUUGAUAUUUUCCUUGAUUCGUUGUUGCCUUUCUGGGAGCCUCAGUUUCAUCCUUUGAUACGUGAGGGCCACAAGGAGCUACUGCUAACAAGUGCCCAUGAGUUAGCUGAAGGGAGUGAGAGUAUUAAGCCACUGAAACCUGACCCUCGUGAUUUCUUGGAGCAUUUACGGCCAUAUGCAUUGGUAUACAUCAAAAAUAAGAAGGAACAGUCUGGGUAUUAUACAGCUAAAGAACAAGUACGUCUGCACCAAGAGUUUGAUAAUUAUUUGGCUACAUGGAGAUGGGAUCCUGCGGUGGAUGACUUCUUUUCUUUCAUGAGAACUGUUGGUGAAGAUGAUGAGAACGGUCAGUUUGCAGAACUGGAUGCCGAUCUUGCCAAAAUGUCCUUUGAGCGAAUGGCCAAUAUUGCUGUGCGGGAACGCGAAAUGAACAGUUACACUCAGAGUUUGGGAGCUCUCCUUCUCGAUAAUGAGAUGAAGGGUAAAGUUGCAAGUUUGAUGAAUCUGCUGGAUGAAGAAGGCUUUUUCAGUAUCGAUGAUGAAUCUAUUGAUUGGGCUAAGAAAUCAUUUACAGACUUAGUGGAGCAAUUUAAUGCUUUGACCGGGCAUUGCUUUGAUGGAUGUUAUGCAAUCCAAGGAAUAAUGGAUCUUAAAAAAUUCUUACCAACGAAGGAUGAUAUGUGUGAUGAUGCGGUUAAAAUGGUUGGUUAUGCAAAUGAGGCGUGGAAUGAAAAUAUUGAGCAGUUUUGGAGGGACACAAGGCAUUAUGAACAUGAAUACUAUGACAUGCUCAGACAACCUAUUGAAAAGGUGUUUAUACGUAUGAGACCCACUUAACAGGAACGCAUCAAUUGUAGAUAUCAGAUUUGGGGGAAAUCGGAUCGAGCAACACAGGCUCGGGGCAGAAGAUGCGCAAUUUUCACGGCUGACCGUUCUUUAGCUUUCAUGUGGCGUUUAAUGGACCAUACUUAACAUGCUGUUCUGGGAAAGAUUGAAUUCUGCGAGAGUUGUUUUGGUGAAUGAGCAGCUAAUAGCUUAUUAUGUCCGCCCGCACGGAUCCCUUGGGAUCACCUACCCAGAUGCAUUUGUAUUUUCAGAGUUAUGCUCAACGUUAAAAUGUGUAUAAACCAGAGAUUAGAUUAUUUGAGUACUGAGAUUUGCAUUAUUGCAACGAAAACAAUUUCACAUGAUAA